GAUUGGUUCAUUGCUUGAUUCAUUCAGCGACCGUUUACUCAGUGCCUAGUAAAUGCCGGGCACCCCUGUGUUUCACAGUAGCCCUGUGAGUAGGUACUACGAUGCUCUUUGUUUUACAGAGAGAAAGCAAGAACAGAAAGGCUGGGAAACCUAACCAAAGUCACACAGUAAAGUGGAGGGGUCCUUUUUCUUUUUUCGUUUUUUCGGCAUAACGCUUAUGCCUUUCCGACAAACGCACCCUAAAUGUAUCACUUUGCUGGCUCACUGUCUGUCUCUCCCCUGCUAAGAGUAUGGCUCCGCAAGAUGGGGCAACUCUGAAGUCUUGUUCACGUAGAACAGUAGAACCCGUAGAACAGUAGAACAGGCACACAGUAGGCACUGGCCUCUUAUGAAACGCAUGAAAGCGGCAGAGCAGGCGGUCAGUUUCGUUCCAGAGCCCAGGCCUUAUCGGGCGGUAAUUGAGCUCUUACUGAAUGUCAAUGCUUAAAACUAGAGUGAGGUACUGUGCCUUCUGGUGGCAAGGAAAACUUUGGGGUUUUCCUCAACUUCGCUCCAUCAUGGAGGUUGCUAAUUGCAUCGCCUGUGUGGUCGUUGCCUUUCCAGGGUCAGGGUUCAUAACUGAGCCCACGGCUCAGCAGCUUCACGCACCAGCUGAUCUGCCAUGGGCUUCCUUAGUUAGACUACAGAAGACCCAGUCUGAGGCCUGAGAAGGAGGUGAGCUCCUCGGGUCAGAGGCAGAGACAUGGUCCUGAAGUGAUGGUCCCAGCAAAGAUGAUACCUUUUUCUUUGAAUCUUUGGGUCCUGCCUCCUUAGAAAUAAAAUAGCUCCUCUGAGGGGAGUUGGAAGCGGAGCGCCAGCCCAGACCCCAGGUGCAGGGGGGAAGGCUCAAAGGACAGACCCAGAUGCUCUGGUUAGAGGGAAGGGGCUCACAGGAUAGCAGGUCCUGGAAGAACUGGACCUGCAGUGCCCUCUGUCCCUCCCUUCAGCUGAGAGAGAGCCAGGCUGCCUCGGUGACUCAACUUCUAGCCACCAUCAAGAACUGUGUGAUGGUGGUCAGUUGAACCCCUAUCGGAGGAGAGGGAUGAAAGUUACAGAGGGAUGGAGGGACGCUGCCCUGCUGUAGUGCCUGCAAAGGCAGGAUCAGGCUGGAAAGAUUGACCCCCUGCCUCACGGGACUUUCUCCACUCCUGACACAUUUGUGCACACACCAUAUACUUCCCUCUUGUGCCAUGGGCUAUUUUUGUUUUGUUUGUUUUUUUUGGCCGCCCCGCGAGGCAUGGGGGAUCUUAGUUCCCCAACCAGGGAUCGAACCUGCGCCCCCUGCGGUGGAAGCAGAGUCUUACCCACUGGACGGCCAGGGAAGUCCCCUGGGCUAUUUUUGCAUUUGAGUCAGUCCCAUUGUAUAAACAACCCACUUACCUGUAGCAGAAAUGUUGACUCUCCUGUACCCUGACUAGAUGACCAAAGAGGUGUCUUUGGAUUCUGUGUGUCUGUGACCUUUCAGCGUGGUCUCUAGGUAGGCCAUCACCUAGCUCUGCUGCCUCUCAUUUUGAUGCUAGUAACUGGGUCUGGGAAGUGACUCAUCAAUCUGCAUCUUGCUGAACCUUGCUGUCCUGAUCCUAAGGCAGGGAUUGCUACAGUAGCAAUGGUUAACAGAAGCUCCUUGCUGAAACUGCGUUUUGAACACCGCCAAAUAAGGAAGAGCAUGGCAAUGAAAUAAGGAAGAGCAUGGUGAUCAAAUGGACAUAAUGGGAAAUAAGGAAGUAUUGGGGCGGGAACAGGGUGGUGGUGGCCUCCUGAAGGGCGGAAGGAGCCUGGCCCAAGGUCAGUGGUUUCCAGCUCCAUGUGGAACUGACCAAUGCCUGGCCCUUAACCUCCCUCUCCCCGCUCCUUCCCUCCCUCCUCGCCCCUCCCCUCUGCCCUGCGCUCAGCUCUGGUUUGUCUCCUUCCUCCAAACCACAGCAAGCUGUCCCUGUCCUCCAGACUUUGCUCAGGGUCUAUCACCUCCAGGGCUCAGUGUGAUAAUAGGUGACUUGUAAUCAUUUCUCCUUUUUAUUUUACUAGUAAAUGAUAUUGGGAAAAAUGAAAAAAUGCAAGUAAAUAAAAGAGGAAAGGUAGAAUCACCACUGGAAGGCAUAGAAUUCCUGAGAGAAAGGAGAUGUCAGGUUCUUAAUGGCUUCCGAGGAGAUGUCUUGAAACACAAGUCAUAAAUCUGUCCAGGAAGAGGAAAUAAAUUCACGUGGGAAACCCACAGGAUCUUAGCCGUGUCCCAGGGGAACAGGCUGGAGCCACCAGGCCACGUGUCCAGAUCAUCCCCGCUGUGGGGCAAGAGUGAUUGGUAUUAAGCUGGUGAUGGUGGUCUCAUGGCUGUGUGCACUGAUCUCGACCCUCCUAAUUCUGCCUUCGUAGAUCUCCAUCCUUUGUCAGGGCAGAGCCAGAUGGCCAUGUCCCAGGGAACCUUGACCUUCAGGGACGUGUUUGUGGACUUCACCCUGGAGGAGUGGCAGCAGCUGGAUGCCACUCAGAAGAACCUCUGCAGGGAUGUCAUGCUGGAGAACUACAGCCACCUGGUCUCCGUGGGAUUCCUCAUGGCCCAACCAGGUGAGAUCUUCAGGUUGGGACAAGGAGAAGAGGAGGCCAGGAUGGCAGCUGGAGAAAGCCCAACACCUGGAGGUGUCCAGGGGGCUCGAGUUCGAUCCCUGGUCGGAGAACUAAGAUCCUGCAAGCCAGGUGGUAUGGCGAAAAAAGAAGAAGAAGAAAAAAAGGCAAGAUUCAAAGAGAGGAGUCUGAGGGCAAAUGCUUCAUUAAAAAGUGAGAGUCCCUUGCUGAGUUCCCAGACCUGA